GUGUCAUGAAGCAGAACGAGUGAGUGUGUGUGUGUAUGCCCAAAGGCAUGUGUGUUGUCUUCCACGAUGAUCAACUCGUAUCAGCACGUGGGGAGGAGCAGCAGCAGCGGCAGCCGCAACAGCAGCGAGCAUUUACGAGGCAGAGGGAGCGAUGGGGAGAGAACUCAACGGAGGUGCUGAGCCCCGUGAGUGCGUGUACUGAUGAUUAUUAUUACACAGUAGCGUAGCCUCCCACGGGUUAUUU